GCCGCUAAAACAUAGGAGCUAAGCUUUGGCAGGUCAUCAUCAUUAUCAUCAACGUUCCCAUCCAAAACGCCACCAUUUCUUGGUCUCACGAGCUCUUCUUCCAUCCUCCUGGAAUCCUGGAGCUUUUUUUCGCUGUCGCUGACGGUGGAGACUCCAGAGAAAAGCCUAGGAAAGCAAAGCAGAGCAGCGGAAGCAAUAUGAGUUGGGCGUGUUUGGGAGUUUCGGGCCAAUAGAAAAGCCCAGGCCCAAAUACUAGAGCCCAUUAUCUUCUUUAAACCCUAUGUACUCUGGUCUCAAAACCCGUGUCCUACUCCUAUCCUCGAUCUUCUCUCUCUUUGAACUGGAAAUUUUCUUCAUUUCUUGGUGCCAUUGUUUCAAGAAAUGAAUUUUGCUCGAUUAGUUACUCGUUUGGGUUUCCGAAAUCUGUCAGUUUCUUCGUUUCACUCGACAACACCACUGCCAGCCCACCAUGUAUUUGGAAGGGCAAGGAAAGACUCACUGAACGAGCUCUACCGUCGGAUUUCGCCGGUCGGAGAUCCAAAGGUCUCCAUUAUUCCGAUUCUUGACCGUUGGAUUGAAGAAGGAAGAUCCGUAAAUAAAAACCAACUCCAAGUUUUUAUCAAGGAAUUUCGGUACUACAAGCGUUACAGUCAUGCUCUUGAGAUUUCAAUGUGGAUGACUGAUAAAAGAUACUUUGCACUUACAACUCGUGAUGUUGCCCUCCGGCUGGACUUGAUAUCAAAAGUUCAUGGUAUAGAACAAGCGGAGAGAUAUUUCAAUAAUAUUCCACAACAACUCAAAGUCCUUGAGGUUUAUGGUGCGCUUCUCAACUGCUAUGCCUAUGCAAGAUCUGUUGAAAAAGCAGAGGCAGUAAUGCAGAAGAUGAGGGAUUUGGGUUUCUGUAGGGAAACAUUGACUUACAAUGUAAUGCUUAAUCUUUAUUAUCAGACUGGAAAUGUUGAGAAAUUUGAUGCACUAACGCAUGAGAUGGAAGAAAAUGGCAUUGCUUAUGACAAAUUUACACUUACCAUUCGACUGAGUGCAUAUGCAGCUGUUUCUGACAUUGAGGGAAUGGAGAAGACUAUAAAAAAGAUGGAAUCUGAUUCAAGGGUUGUUUUGGACUGGGCUAGUUAUGCUGCCGCAGCAAGUGGGUAUACAAAAGCUGGGCUUGUGGACAAGGCUUUGGAAAUGCUGAAGAAAUCUGAGGGACUUAUUACUAGCAAAAAAAGAAGUACAGCAUAUAAUUUCCUUCUGACACAAUAUGCUGCAACAGGGAAGAAAGAUGAAGUAUUAAGACUCUGGGAACUAUACAAGAAGAAAGCAAAGAUUUACAAUAUUGGGUAUUUUAGCAUCAUCUCGUCUCUAUCAAAGCUUGAUGACUUUGAAAGUGCAGAAAAGAUUUUCGAGGAGUGGGAAUCCCAGAAUCUAAAAUAUGAUAUUCGUGUUCCAAAUUUCCUCAUUGGUGCAUAUUCCAGAAAAGGUCAUUUGGAUAGGGCUGAAACACUUAUCAACAGGGUAAUAUCGAAAGGAGAGAAACCUGAUGCGUUUACAUGGUUUCAUUUGGCAGAAGGAUACCUUCAGAAUAAUCAGACUUCAAAUGCUGUUGAAAUGAUGAAAAAAGCAGUGGUAGUUUCUACACCCGGGUGGAAGCCAACCUGUGAAAGUGUGACUUCCUGUCUGGAGCACUUGAAAGAGGUGGGAGAUUUAGACAAAGCAGAAGAGUUGAUAAAAUUACUUCUUGACAAAGACAUUAUUUCUUUAGAUGUCCAAGAAAGAUUGUUGAAUGGUAUGAAAGCUGAGAAUUCAAGCUUGGUUACACUUGGGGCAUUAAAUGAUGAUUAAUUGCUUCAAAAUGGCAACACAUUGAGUUCUUGGAGCCAGAGGGGGAUAGUAGUUAUUGGAUAUCAGAGGAGAAAUGUGUAAUGCAAAUCUGAAAAGUCUCUUAAAUGUGAGAGCAAAAGAAAUGAAGCAGAUGUGGGAAAGACUUAGGAUGUUCAUUCUAGGAAAUAUAUUUAUCUGUUAUGAACUGGUCCAUGAUUAAAAGCAAGCUACGUCCUGUUUCUUCAUUUCAGAUUAGAAAAGAAAACUGUUAUUUAA